AUGGCCUCGCCAGGCCCGCCUCCCAACACUGAUGGGGCUGCUGCAAGACACCUGCAGCCGCCUGCAAAUCGCAGUGCUGGCCGUCAGGGUACCGGUACGGGCAUGCGCUCCGCCUCGAACCCCCUCGACCGCAAGUCAGCCGUGCCGUCGAGAUCCCCUUCGGCCAGCGCCCCCAGCGUUAAGGAUCUGAAGAAGCGCUUCGACCAGAGCGGCGGAGCAAACUCCAUCCCAAGACCUCCUCCACGCCAGGAUGCUCCAGUAGCUCGGGUCAGGCAAGAUACCGUCAAGCCCAAGCCCAAGCCAAAGUCCAAUCUGUCGGGCCCUUCGUCCACGCACUCAAGUACUCGCUCUGGCAUCCCCGCUUCGAACUCGUCCAAGCAGUCUUCGUCGUCGACUUCGACCUCGGGCUCGGGCUCGACCUCGAUGUCAAGCCGCCUGCAAAAGACGAGGCAUGUUGAGCGCGAGCAGGUGUCGGGUAGUUCACGGUCGUUUGCAAACCGCAUUGGAAACCAUCCACCCGAGACAUCCACUAACGGGAACUCAAUCGCCUCCAGCUCUAUGACACCUCGCCCACACAAUUCCCCACAUUCAGCCUCCCAACCGGAGCCGCCAUCUCCAAAGUCUAACCCUCAGUUUCCGGGCCUACUCUUCGGCGAAAUCCUCCCAGGCCAGCACGACGUUGUGGCGGCCGGCUUUGGCAUCGACAACCUUCGCCCUCGAAGAACGUCUGACUCCAACGUGCACGGCCUCGUGGGCCGCCAACGCAGCGUCUCCGACCACCUCGAAGCCGAGCCUCCGUCCCCGUCCAGCUGGUACAGGGACCUCCACAUGUCCCGAGGGAGUGCAUCCAAAACACACGCGCGAUCUCGCAGCGAUCUCUCGACGUCAAAACACAUCCUGCCCUUGAUACAUAAAUCACCUCCCCCCGCAGCCACGCCAACAGCAACAACGACUAUAGCAGCACUUGCAGCAGCCACGGUGACGGCGACGGCUGUUGCAGCAGCAGAGGCCACUGCCAACUCGGCCACGCACGCGUCAGCAGGUACCAGCUCCAAACUACCUGUUUCCAUCAGCAGGAGGCUGGCGAGCCCAACCAACUCCAGUCCCACUUCCUCACGAUCGAAUUCACCCUCUACCUUUAGGAGACCGCCAGUCAAUGGUCGUAGUAGUAGCAGACAAUCCAGGCCGAACCCCUCUACGAGUCGAGCGAAAACGCCCACGCAGACCGGCCGAAAACAACCUCCCCAGGGCCUGGUUACACCAAGUAAUAGCAACAAUCGGCUCCAGGCGUACGUGUCCACCGCGCCACCCAAGCUUUCACCGCCCUUGAGGAGCUCUCGUCCACGACAGCCAGUAUCCGUAGCGACAACAGCAAGCUCCCGAAUGAAAGAAGCGGCCAAGGCGAAGGCCCCUGCACGUCCAAAUGCGAGGGACACCCCUUCCUCGUCAAAGACGUACGACCCGGCGAAGCGUAAGAUAAUAGCUGUUGGACCUAUAGACUUUGAACAGCGUCGAGAGCACAUUCGACUGGCAUAUACCAAGACCAUUCGCGAAAGCCAGGCCUACGAGGUGCGCCAAAGAGCGGUGGAGAGGAGGCGGAAGCAGAUGGAGGAGGCCAAGUCCAAAGCUGAGGCCACCCUGACUACAACUACUGCUCCAGAUGCAGAUACAACUACAACUACAACUACAACUACAACUACGACUACGACUUCACCUACCACGGUGACCGCUGGGGAGGAAGAAGCUCCAGGUAACGAGCCAGCAGAAGACCAUGUAAAUCGAGAGGUAGAGGCAGAGACAGGGCCGGCUGAAAGCUCCUCGGCGAAGGAGCCGGCCGGUGAUGAUUCGCCGACGCUGGGCAUCCCCGGAAGCUUCCCUGAACCUUCACCGUCCGCUAACGUAGCAAGAAAGCAACGGCCUCUGUCAACCAUUUCAGCAACCUCUGCUGUUACCGAGUUUGAUAUUGAGCCCCAGGCAGAGCUUUCCGACCUGACUAUGUCCGAUCGGCCGCUCAGUCCCCAAAUAAUAGUGCCGACCAGGGAACCCUCUCAGUACCGAAGCCCCUUUGAGGACGACGACUUUCCAUCAUCGCCGCCACGGCCGCGCCCUACGACUCAUCACAUCAGCCAAGAUAGCCAUACCGGCCAGCAGUUUAUCCCUGACGCUUAUUACGACAAUGAGCCUCAGGAGGACUCCUUUGAGCCCCAUGCGCACCAAGAUUACCAAACCAUUGUGACGAUACUGCCGCAGCCUUCACGCGAGCCCCCUGCUGCCGAGGAGACUGCGCGGGCGGCGUCUUUUCCCCGACUGGAUAUUCAAGAUGAAUCAGACUGCCACUCAGACUUAGAAAGCGUUCCGGCAAUGGCUCGCCGCAUGCGUGCUGAUGUCGACGAUGCCGCCACGGAUGCCUGUACCGAAGAGACAGACGACCGAGAUGGGAUGGAGGAUGGGCGGUCCCCAUACCGCUACGGCGGCCCUCUCUCGUCGAACAGGGCCUCUACAUGUGCAUCAUCGGACAUAGAAACCUUUGAUGACCUUCUAUAUCCUUCGCAUGAUGAGCAGAUUGAUGCGGGCCCACCAAACAAACUUUUGGCGCCUCCUUCGAUAUCUCGGGCCGACAGGUCAAGCCAUCAAACCGCAUGGACGAACGUCUCUGUGGAGAGUAUGGGACACUCAGAAGCCUCAGAGUCACCUGUUAUGCGAGCGGCUUCAUGGAAGCUAUCUGGUGGGUCAUCUGGAAGAGACGAUUCUUCCAUCAGAAGCUUCUCCUACAACGGAGCUGGUGUCCGCCCUUCUGUCGACUCGACACGGUCGUCGAUUCAACUUGGCCAGCAGCUCCCGGAACUAGACACGGGCGAAGGCUUCUCGAUCCCUUACUUAUCUGCAGAGGCGGCUUCUGACUUUUCAUAUCAAUCGUCCCCCAAACACGAACCACCACCCCUUCCACGCUCUGGACGGAACUCAGCCAUCGAAUCGCAAACGUCAAGUGUAUUUUAUGAGCAGUCUCAGUAUGGUAGCACCUUGGUCAACUCUGAACGCGGAAGUGGUGAGUACGUGUCCCAUCACUCGGAAACUCCUCUGUCGAUGAUGGACAUGACCUCGAUGGAGACUAUGGACCAGUACUUUGAGGGCCGCCCCCCUGCAGACAGCGAUGCCAAGUCGUUCAUCCAGGAAGCAGAGGACCUGAGCAGCGAAGAGAGGCAUCGCCUGAUCCAGAGACGAAACGUCAUCAAAGAGCUUGUUGACACCGAGGCAAUCUUCGUAAGAGACAUGAACAUUGUAGAAGAGAUUUAUAAAGGCACCGCGGAGGCUUGCCCCAAGCUGGAUGCGAAGAUAGUCAAGCUUAUCUUCCGGAACAGCGACGAGAUCAUUGAGUUCCAUACCUCAUUCCUCGUCCUACUCAAGGAGGCGGUGGCCAGCAUAUAUGUGCCGAAGAGUGGCCGGUCCCUCGUCGCUAGAGAGGAUUCGCUCUACUCUGAACAAAGCCAGACAUCCAUUGUCGACCUUAGCGACGCCAAGGACCGCGAAACGUCGCUUGGUCCGACAUUCCAAGCUAGCAUGGAGAAGAUGAAGCUUGCUCAUGAGGGGUUCUUAAGAAACAGCGACCAGGCGGCAAAGAAACUCAUCCAGAUCCAGCAGGAUCCGACGGUUCAAAUAUGGCUGAACGAGUGCAAUGAGGUAGCCAAGGAUCUGACGGCCGCCUGGGACUUGGAUUCACUUCUUAUUAAACCCAUGCAGCGAAUCACAAAGUACCCAAAUCUGAUCAUGACACUCCUGCAACACACUCCCCAGGACCAUCCUGAUCGAGAGCCACUUGUGGCGGCUAAAGAGGCGCUUGAAGAAGCCAUUAUCGAGAUCAACAAGACGAAGAAGAACUUUGAGCUAGUCGGACAAAUCGUCGGUAGAAAACGUAAGGAGUCCGACGUGAAAGCGGGACUUGCUCGAGCCUUUGGCAAGAAGGUAGACAAGCUGCAAGGUGGUACUCGACCGCCCGAGGAUCCUGAAUAUGUCAAGCUUGAGGAGAGAUUUAGCGAUGAUUAUCUGCGGCUACAGGUCGUUUUGCGCGAUGUCGAGUUCUACACCAGGCAAGUGUCAUCGUACGUACACGAGUUUCUGCAAUAUCUGUCAGCGAUUGAGCUGGUCAUGCGGCUCCAGCCAGGCAGCUUCCCCGAGCUGGAAAGCAAGUGGGUUCAGUUUAACAUUUCGAUUCGCGACAUUGAAAAAGUGGCGCUCGAGCAGCACUUGGCACAAAUACGAAAGCAUGUCAUCGAGCCCUUUGAGCAUGUCAUCAAGUCUUACGGCAACCCCUCGUUGGCGAUGAAGAAGAGGCAAAAGCGCCGAGUCGUAUGGGAACGUGCAGAGCAGCUAAAGAAGGCAGGCAAGAGCGUGGACCCCAAGCUCAAGGAGCUUGUUGAGCAGUACGAGGCUCUCAACGACACGUUGAUUAAGGAGCUUCCAAAGCUGUCGGCGUUGACGGAGAAGGUGGGAAACAUUUGCCUGGGCAACCUCAUCAACAUCCAGGCCAAUUGGUACCUGAUAUGGAGGGAAAAGAUGAGGGCCGUUCUAGCAGACGCACCCGAAAUGCCAGAUAUAGAGGAAAUCGUGGCAACUUUCGACAGAGACUUUCCUUAUGCAAACGAGAUGAUGGCCAACAUUGGCAUCAUAAACCCGGCCUACCAUGGGCGAACGUCUGUAUCGACCAUGAAUGGAGACGACAGUCUUCCCAGAACUAGGGGCCGAACAUCAGAGGCAGAGAACAGAGCAUGGAGUCAGUCCGUGAAUGGCGAAUCAGCACCCUCUCUACCAGCGCCUGAUUUUGGCAAACGACAUAGCGGCUCGUUUACCCUUUCUCCCAUUACUGCUGGGCCGUCCAGCGGCUUCGGGGCGACGGCUCCUAGUCCUCACCAAUACUAUUAUAGAGACUAUUAUGCCGGCCUGUCAAACAGUAGCCAGGCAGGAAUGGCAUCGCCGAGAUCGGCUGAGGUGCCAGCAGGCUCCCGAUCGCUUGGCGGCACGCGACCGAGUACAGGCAAGAGCUUCGAUUCGUCGGCAGUUGCGAUGCCGAGACAGAGUACAGAGUCGGCACCUCACACCCGACGAGACUCGGGCAACACAUAUUAUUCCAGCUAUCAUCAACAUGACAGUCGUAGAUUCUCCAAUCUAUUUCACUCUGCUCUACCUCUCCCAGACGGCCCCGAAGAGAGUCAGCGAUCGUCUAGGGCGUCAUCGCGAGAGCGAGCGCAUGCUUCUGAUGGAUACAAUGUGCUGUGGCUGGCAGCAUCGCUCUUUGAGUUUAACAUCUCUACAACAAAGCAUGAGGCCGGGUAUCCUUACCUGACAUAUCAGGCCGGCGAGAUUUUUGACGUGAUUGCGGAAAAGGGCGAGCUCUGGCUUGCAAAGAAUCAAGACGACCCAACGGACCAGGUUGGCUGGAUUUGGUCCAAGCAUUUUGCCAAAUUGGCCGACUCAUAG